AUGACAAAGAAGAGAGUGCACACUCAGAGGUCACCUGCAGUGAAGAAGGAGGUGGAUCAAGAGCAGCAGAAGAGGGAUGAUUAUCAAGCACCUGAUGAUGAUGUGAUGGGAUCGCUGGACAAGUGUGAGCAUGUCACAAAGGUGAAGGUGGUAUGCAUCGAUUGCAAGAUGAUGUUAUGCUCUCUCUGUGCAGUCACCAGUCACAAGCCACACAAUCUCGAUCACAUUGACAACAUCAAACAAUCAAUCACAAAGAAGAAGGUCAACGACACGUUUGACAAGAGAUUGAAUGAGUUAUGGGAUCAUAUGCAGAGUCUGUUGACAACGUACAAGACACAGGAUAAUGCUGUUAAGGAUGUCGUGGGGCAUUACAAACGAUUGCAUGAUGCACUGGUGAUCGAGGAACACAUGAAAAAGAAGGAUAUCACUCUCGAGAUGGAGCGAACUGAAGAGACCAUCGGUCGCAUUGCCAAAGAGAUCAAUGAUAUUCACUCAUUGUUCAACAAGGUUGGCGACGGUGAGUGUGAGACAGACACUGCAGAGUUGAUGAGAGCUGCCACAUCAAGCAAGAGCAUAGCUCAGUUUGUCAAGAAGAUACAUGUCAAUGAUGAAAGUGGUGCGGCUGCUAUCAACACCGACAUCACAUUGUUGACCAAGUUCUUGGAGUGCAAUCAACAGAUGACCACCAAUCAAUAUCAACUCAGUCGUCCAUUCAGCAUCAAGACUCAACAAUACACCGAUACAUUCACUGGACAGAUGCGAUCAAUCAUUGAUGUGAUCGAUUCAAAGACUGCAUGGAAGUCAUCACAUCAGAUGGCCAACGAAAUCUUCACAUUCAAUGACGAUUGCAAUUGUUUCUUCAGACCAACAACUGGGAAAUUUAUGAGGUACCACAUAGAUAAAUCAAAGUUGGUUAGGAAUGGAGUCAAGACAUCAACAGUGUAUGUGUUUGGUGGCGAAGGAUAG